AUGCCACUCAGCCAGAUCGAGCUGCCGGUCACAUUUGGCACACCCAACAAUUUCCAAACAGAAAAGCUGACCUUUGAUGUCGUGGACUUCAAGAUGAUGUACAAUGUGAUUCUAGACCGCCCAAUGCUGGGCAAGUUCAUGGCGGUGGUUCACUAUGCCUACCAAACGCUCAAGAUCCCGAGUCCUAAGGGGGCCAUUAUAGUUAAAGGGGAUCAGCGCACGGCGGUCAAAUGUGACAAGCAAAGCCUGGAUAUGGUCAAACACUUCAGUCAAGUGGCUAUCAUUCCCAAGGACACAAAUUCUAAGCGUCAAAGGUACCAAGGUGUCAUCGAGCCCAAAAACUCCAUGCUCGUAAGUCUUGCUGACACUUCUGAGUCCGACAAUGCCAAAGGCAAGAUCAACAACGGUGUUAACAACAAGAAGACCUGUGGUUGCAUCAAGGCAGUGCCCCUCAACCCGUCUGAGCCAUCCAAGAGGGUUAAGAUUGGGGCCAAUCUUGACCCCAAAUAG